AUGGCACCCCAGGAUGCGUUCAAUCCACUGCGAGUGGUCACCCAGCGCCUCUCGUCUACGCCUUCCAAACAACUUCCACACGUUGCUCCCUAUCUGGCAACUACAAUCGCUCAAUGUGUUAAAGCUUUCGCUGCAUCUCCUAAGGAAGGCUACGUUGCGGGUGGACCAGAAUCCGCAGUAAUAAUUCACAAACUUAAAACUCAGCUUUCUGCGUUACUACAAGACAAGAGCCCAGAAGCUAGAUAUGCAGCAGUGGUCUUAAUUAAAGCCACAGUCGAAGUUGGAGGUUGGAACGUUUUGCAGGGGGCAGGGGCAUGGGUCAGAGGUCUUAUUAGCAUUCUCGGACAGAAGCACGAUUCAUCAAGCACCAAGAAGCUCUGCAUUAUCACCAUAACUAGAAUCUUCCUACUUACGCACGAACAUCAGUCACUGGUUAGGGAGAUCACCACACCUUCGUUGCCAGGACUCAUUACAGCAUGUCUGAAUCUCACAAAAUACUCACCCUCGCCCAAGCCAGCUCAACAGAGCCCACUUCUUCUGCAUGUAGUUCUGCAUGCAUUAAGCGAGCUGAUCGCUAUCCACCCGACAUCAUUCCGUCCAUUCGUACCGCAGAUACAGUCCUUGACGCACCCGCUGAUUGCUCCCACACCCUCAAAUUUUGAAAAUGCAAAUAACCCAACUUUCACCUCAGCAUCUAUAUCCGAAAGUGCCCGACAUUUAUUUGUCUUACUCCACGUUUCCGGACCCAAGAAUACGGCUGGGGAAGAAUGGGCAAAAUCUCUCGACGCUCUGAUUGAUUCUGUGCAAAGGACAGGGGACAAGGUUUUUCGGUCAUUGAUCGAGGAUUGGACAUCUUCGAUAGCGAAGUAUGAUGUUGCAGGUUCAAAUCCGGUCGAGGAUGUUGUAAACGACCGGAAGCCAACACCAUUGGCUUUGCCUGCUUGGACUGGGAUUCAUGCUGGAAUUGAGAGACUUGACGGUCUUCUGCACACAUUGCAGGCAUUUCUAGCUUCUGCUAAUGCAGCGGUUGUAUCACUUCCAGUAGGUAAUAUCCUCAACUUAGUCGACAGGGUAUUUUCGAUUUUUCCACCAGGGAAUGGGAGGAACCCACGAAUAAAGCUCGAGAUUGGCAGGGAUGAGCGCGAGGGGCUAUGGGUCGGAUUGCCUCGGCUUCAGAUCUCAGCAAUAGGAGUCUGCUCACUCAUGAUUUCGCGUAUGGGUCAUAGCUCUGCAGCAAUAGCUUCCACAAUAAUGGAGCAGCUUUUAUGGACCUUGGAGAGCCAAUAUGGAAACGAUGAUUUUCGAAGAGCAGCAUAUGGGCUGGUGUCACAGAUCCUCACCGCAUUUGGGCCUUCGUUGCCUAGAACCCACGCAAGGUCACUCUCUCGAUGCGUUAGGAUGUGUUGCGAGGACCUCUUGCCCUCUGUUGAAUCUCAAGUGCAGAGUGGACAAGCUUGGUUUCCUGAAACGAAAAAACAUCCAAAUGGGAUCAUAUCUUCAACGAAUGCAGACUCGUACCUAAAGCCUGCGACAGAUGAGGUGGACCUAUCGAGUGCUUCCACCAAUUUACUCCAAGCGGCACAAGAGCUUCUACCGCUGACAUUAAUGAAUUUACCCAACGCGUACCUUCCAUUCUCUCUUCGUUGCCAAAUCGAUCGAACGGCCAUAAUCACAAAUAACAAGAAAGCGAUGCUGGCAAGUGUGAUGAAUCCAACUUCCAGACGCAAAGGACAGAAGCAGACAAGCAGCAUUCUACCCUUACUUGCGAGGGCGCACCCGGAAGCCUCGGAGGUAGAGGCCCUGCUGCGGCCCCAAAUGCCUCCAAUACAGUCUCGGCGAAGCGAUGGGGAAGAGAUGGAGUCAGAUCAGGAAGAGGACACAUACAUGUACGAUCACCCUCAAAUCGACGAUUCCGACGGACUCUAUCAUAAUUCGAUAAAUAUCAAUAAGAACGCCAACGUCGACAAGAAUAUCAUCGCGGUAGAACAAAGCGGCGCACAAGUAGACGCUACACCAGGUGCUGUGGAAAAGAGUGCUCCGGGCACAGAGCCUACGGUUGAUUCCAAGAUUACAGCAACAGGCUUGCCGGAACUCACGUCUGCCUUCUCCUACACUUCAACGAAGCGUGAUCGGGAGGAAAUUUCCGAUUUUGGCACACUAGAAUUUGUUGAGGGCGAUGGGACAGAGCAAAUCGAGAUAGAACGGGCUAGCAAGCGAUCAAGAGUGGGUUUUGAUGAAACACGAAAGGAAACUCCACUGGGACCAGAGCCCGCAGAUCCCGCAGUCCUGGACACUGAUGGAUCAGCGCAAGCCGUCAAGAAGGUCUCUGCCUCAGACUCUGCUGCUGUGUCAGGUAGACAGCCUGUCUUACAGCAAGAGGAUAGCGAUGAGAGUGAUUUUGAGAUGCCAAUUUUGAACCUGGACCCAGAUACGGACGAGGAGGAAGAGGAAGAGGAAGAAGAUGAUUGA